UCAACAGCCGAACUGCUUUCAUUGGACAAUCCGAUGGCCAUAAUUGAGAGUGCAUUCGAGCAGAACGCAAACGAGAAACUGGAGUGUAUCAAUGAGAAAUGUUUGAAAGAAUUCGCCGAUGCAAAGAGCUACUUAGCACAUGCUCGACGCUGCGGUAUCAUGAGACGACACAGUGCAUCGUCUAGAGCAGACAGUCCGGAGAAUCUCAAAAAACGGAAUUCUUCCGCAAAACGUGAAACACCGAAAUAUUACUCGAACUAUGCGGAAUACAGGGGUCGUGCCUCGUGUUGGGCCGUGCUACCAACGUUGAGCAAGAUGAAGUUGAUCAAGAAUGAAUUGGAUGAGAACCCAACGAAACGUUUG